AGUCUCCUUCCCGGAAGCGGAAGCUCAGGGGGCGGGACAAGGGAGGUCGGGACGUCUCGGCGGUUAAUUCUUAUUUUCUCAAGUAUUCGUUUCCCUACGUCUGGGCUCUUCUGAGGCUGAGAGAAAUGGUCAGGUCUGGAUCUCGGCCGGGCCAGGUGAUAUCUUCAGGAAGGCAACCCGGAGCUAAGUUACCAAAUGGAAAGAAAGGGACCCACGUAAGAAAAAUAGCACAUUUUAAUGUAGAUCCUGCCUGUCCUGUUCAUUCUGAUUCAGAAAGUCAGACAGACACUGUACGUGGACUUGACGGUUGUGCUUCUUUGCUGAGGGAUAUUUUGAAAAAUGAAGAUUCAGGCUCAGAAAUGGUAUAUUCAGAAAAGAGAUGCAACUCUAAACUUUUAGAAGGCAGAAAGAACAGAUCUAAAAAGAAAGGACCUGAAAAACAUGUUCCUUCAGUAGUCCGAAAGGAAAUAUUAUCAUCGGAAAAUAAGAAAUGGAUGUCUAAUGAAGCUUCUACUAGAAGUGACAUAGCACAGCACUGGUCAUUACAAGAUCAUUAUAGAAUGUACUCACCGAUAAUAUACCAGGCCCUCUGUGAGCAUGUGCAGACUCAAAUGUCACUGAUGAAUACCUUGGCUUCAAAAAAUGGCCGCAAUGGAAUGUCUGCUGGGUGUCGUACAGUGUCUAAUUCAGACUCUCAGGCAACACCACAUCUUUCCACUUCUGUCUGGCCACCUCAGCAGCCAUCCUGCCCUCUAAUGGUCCACUCUGAGGUUCAGACUGAUGAUGAUAACCAGUUGGAAUCGCAAGCUCAAACAAGCUCUGUGAAGCACCAUGAUGUUCCCAGGGAUUCAUUUAGUGUCCACCCUGGAGUCGCAUGUGGCCGUCCCCACACUGACAGUACAGCCGGUUCAAAGAUUCAGCAGCUGCAUCUUGCGAAUUGGAUUCUGCCCCAACAGAGAGCUCCUAAGGAAGCAGAAUCACUAAAGUAUUUCCAAACACACCCGCCUCUGUUUCCAGCUCAUGGAAAGGACGCCCUCUCGGACAGUGAGGCAUACCAAAGUCCCUCUCAGUUACAGCCAGCCUUCUUGGCCACAAAUGAAGAAAAGUGUGCCAGAGAAGACAGUGGAGAGGCCACAAAUGAAGAGAAGCAUCUAAGCAUGCAUGUGCAAGAUGCAAAACUAGCCCAGACUGUGCAGCCGGCAGAGACCGUGAGCCAGACUGCCGAGAGAGUCAGAGUUGCCAAGUGCUUGUUGGGGGAGCUCAAGGCCCUGAUCGCAGAGCAAGAGGAUUCGGAAGUUCAGAGAUUGGUAGCAGAAGUAGAGGUGUGCAUAUCUGGGCUUGCAGCAGUGAGUGGCCACACAAACGUGGAAGCUGAAAUAGCCCUGGCCCUGCAGCCACUGAGAAGUGAGAAUGCUCAGUUGCGGAGGCAACUGAGAAUUUUGAAUCAGCGCCUCCGAGAACAAGAGAAAACCGAAAAGGGACCUGGUAACCUUGAAUUGUUUUCCCUUCAGUCGCUGAAUAUGUCACUGCAGAGUCAGCUGCAAGAGUCGUUGAAGAGCCAGGAGUUACUACAGAGUAAAAAUGAAGAGCUCUUAAAAGUGAUAGAAAACCAGAGAGAGGAAAACAAAAAAUUCACUACUUUAUUUAAAGACAAAGAGCAAACUCUGCUUCACAAUAAACAGCAGUUUGACAUUGAGAUGACAAGGGUGAAGAUGGAGUUGGAGGAAGCCGUGACCAAUGAGAAGAACUCUCGGUUUAAGUUAGAGACUGCAGAAAAGGAAAGUCAGAUACUGGGAAUAACGCUGCGCCAGCGCGAUGCUGAGGUCACACGACUUAGAGAACUGACCAGAACUUUACAGAACAGCAUGGCCAAGCUGCUGUCAGAUCUCAGUGUGGACACUGCCCGCUGCAGGAUGGGGAAUAGUCUCACCAGAUCACUUCUCAAUGUCUAUGACCAACAACUUCAACAGGACCCUGCCCCUCCUCACACUUCCAUAGUGAGCUACCUCAAUAAAUUAGAAACAAACCACAGCUUUAUGCAUUCAAAGCUACUAAACAAUGAGAAAACCAUAGAGCCAGACAGACUCUGUGAAAAUGUGCUGCCCUCACAAAGGCCUCCCCAUAGAGACACCAGGGCAGUGCAUGGGGGCCCUGCAGAUGGAACUGUCUCUCCUGCUUUAGUAGAGGAUUCUGAUACAGACUGUGAAACCAUCACUGUAAUAGAAGAUGGGUGUAAUGUGGACAGUACAGUUUAUAUUCCCUUUGCAAGAAGCACUUCUAGAAAGCAUUCGCCACUUUGUAAGAGACUGUCCCCCCAGCCAAAGAUAGGUGUUGCUACAGCACAGCCAGUCGGCAGCAGUGUGCACACCUCUACAAGAGAAAAUAAGCCAUGUGCACCCGCAGUGUGUUCUUCUCGAAAUGAAGCAGAAGAUGCACCUGGCAAUCUUUCCAGUGCAUAUGACACCGAGGACGUGCAGCUCCUCAGGAAAAUCAAAGAAGCAAUUGGUAAGAUCCCUGCUGCCGCUGCUGUGCGUCCAAAGGAACAGGCCACACCUCGAGGCCCAUCAGCUCGGCACAGCCCUGGCGCUCCAGGGAAGGGCAAUAUUGUCACUGACAGCAGCUUUCUCAAUUCUGACUUGAUGUCAGACUGGAGCAUCUCCUCCUUUUCAACGUUCACGUCCCAUGAUGAGCAGGACUUCAGAAACGGCCUGGCCGCGCUGGAUGCCAAUAUUGCACGACUUCAGAAGUCCUUAAAGACUGGCCUUCCGGAGAAGGGAGCUUGGGAGAAAACUGACUGAGUGCUUUUUUAAAAGAGUAGAACUUGGCUACAUUCAUAGUAUAUUUUGGGUUCCCUUAGAACACUUUAUAUUAUUAAUUAUGUAUGAAAUAAUAAAUGGAGUACAUUUACUAUUAGAAUAUUUUAACACCUGAAGCUUAUAAAAAAAUUCUCUUAAAAACCAACAGUUGACGAGAGAAGAAAGUUGUAGAUGAGCAAGUUUUGCGGUGCUUUACUUGACAGCUUCAGUUUCACAGAGAAUUCUUCACUCUGCAACUGCGGGGCGGGUACCGAGGGUUUCUGGCUCUCUGGUAGGAAAGUAGGAAAGGAGCAUGCCUAAAGUUUCCUCUCUGCUUUGAAAUAUUUGUUGUUUCAUGAUAGUGUGCUUGUGUACGGGAAUACUCUGAGUUACCAGCAGGUGCUGUCUAUGACAGGCAUUAGCAUUUUAGUGAAAAAUGAUGCUGGUGCACCCACCCUAUACAAAGCAUUGAUUUGUCCAGGGGAAUACUCAUGAUUGUUUAAUUUAUGGUCCUUAAAUCUUGGACAUUUUAUUUAUAUUUGUCCCAAAUGCCUGUUUUAAGACCUUUAAAAAUAAAGUCAGACUGAUAAGGUAAUGCUAAGUAACCAAGUCUUACCUUAGUAAUUUUGUUUUUGGGUAAGAAUUAUUGGGUUUUCCUUAAUGUCUUUGGAAAUGAUGGAGUUUUGAGAAUUUCAGCACUAGUGGUAAUUCUGCCUUUCUGACUCAAUUUCCCCCCAUCAUUUCCAUUGUUCUAUAAUUAACAUGGACUAUGUUGCCCUCUCUGCUUCCUAAUACCAGACCUUUAUCCUCUCUUGCCAUAUAGCCCAAGAUGACUUCAGACAUUAGAUCUUUCUCCCUCAGGCUCCUGAGUGCAUGCUCCAGCAGUUCUAACCCACCUGCUGUCACCUCUUUCUAUAUAAACACAGAUUAACUUUUAGGCAUUAAGUCCUGCCCUGUCAGUAACUCUUGGUACAUGUUUCCUGCCUGGUAUAAUUGACUUUGGUUCUUGGACAGCCUCUGGUAUUGGAGUAGUCUGCUGGUUCCAAAUUUUCUCCUGCUUCUACAACCUCUGAAGGACCCUACUGGACUACUUAAUAUAUCCAGACUUUAUGGGGAGGGGUCUUUUUUGUUUGUUCUAAGUCUGAAUGUAUUGAAAUGAAUUGUAAACUAUUUUAAAGACUAAUUCAUUAACAUUUUAAAUAUACUUCCUUUCUGUAUUCAUACAUGAAUUUGUUUACUUAUUUUGAGAUAUCAGGUCACUGCACUUUACCGGUUUAGCUCAGAAACACAAACUAAUAUAAAGAAGAAAACUGGGUCAUCUUUCUACUCUGCCAUAUCAGCUGUCACUCAGAAACUCAAGCAAAUCUGGGGCAGUUAGAGGGCUCAUCAGGUGAAGGUGCUUGCUGCAUAAGCCGGACAGUCCACACUCAAUCACAGAACCAUGUGAGGGUCUGCAAGAACCGGCCCCUAGAGCUGUCCUCUGACCUGCACAUGUGCACCAGGUAAACCCAUACCCACACACUUAAAUGUGUACACUAAUGAAAAAAUUAUCUUAAGUAAGAUUUUUUUCUUUAAUAUGGCAAUUCUGAAGAUACAGGAAUAAUUAGUUUCUCUUACUAUUUGUUGGCAACACUUCAUUUCUGUGAUAGCAGGAUGCAUUGGGGUUUCACCUCACCAACAACCAACUGGUUGUGCAGAAACACCAAUCCACUUCUAUUCAGAUACUGUCUCCUUGAAGGUAGAAUCAAACAGGUUGUGGUCUCAAUGCCAACAGACUGACACCUGCCUCAGAUGUUAGUCACAAGUCCACAACUGAUCAACCAGCAGGGUUCUCAUGACCCCCUUAAUAGACUAGAUCAGCAUGCUGAUUAGUUUUGUCAAUUUAGCAUAAGCAGACCUAUCUGGGAAGAGGGGAUUUGUUUGUUGGGUUGUUUGGGGUUUUUUUUUUGUUUGUUUGUUUGUUUUAAAUAGGUUUUCUUUGUGUAGCCCUGGAAGUCUUGGAACCCGCUUUGUAGUCAAAGCUGGCUUCAAGCUAAGAGAUCUGCCUGCCUCUGCCUCCUAAGUACUCAAAUUAAAGGUGUUUACCACCGCACCUAGCUAGGAAGAAGGAAUCUUAGCUGAGAAAAUUCCUCCAUAAGCUUAGGCUCUGUACAAGCCUUUAGGGUAUUGUGUUGGUUAGUGAUUGAUUGCAAGGACCCAGUACACUGGGGCGGUGCCAUCCCUAGGCAAGUGGUCCCGGAUGAUGUAAGACAGAAAGCUGAUGACACCAUGGAGAGCAAACCAGCGACUACUAUUCCUCCAUGGCUUCUGCCUUAGUUUCUGCCUCCAGGUUCCUGCCUUGAGUUCCUCAGUGACAGAUUGUGACCU